AUUUGGUUUCCAUUUCAAUUUGAAUGCACGUACGUACAGGCGCAGGCGCUGCAUGUGCAAAUAUAUACACACAACGUGUUGACACAUUGCAUUUUGCCACACGUGGGUGACCGAGCACAACGUUGCUGAAAUCUUUCUUGUAAUAAUAAAUUUAACUUUACGCACCAAAAACAAGACUCUAGUCGAUUACAUUUCUUUUUAAUAGCAACAAAGAGAACCAUCUUAACCAUGGCCGGCGCCAAAGAAUACUUUUGGGGUUUAACGUUGUCUGAAGAAAAGAGAUCCUUUGAAUGGGACCCUGCUGCUGAAUACAUGGAUCAUGAGGAUGAAGAUGAGGACGAUGAGAUCUCACAUUUCCUUUUUUUGAAGCAGGCUGUUCUUGGGGUGAAAGCUAAAGAUAACGAGAGGAACGUGAUUGAGAUCGAAACAAUUAACUUUGAUGGAGAAACAAUCACUAUGCCUAUCUUCUCACUUAGAGCUGGUCUCAAUGAAAGUAUUACUUUGGAUGUAGGGUUACAGCCUCCCGUCACAUUCAAAUUAGCCCAUGGUUCAGGACCUGUGUGUCUCAGUGGACAACAUGCAUUAGAUUUACAGGAUCAUGAUGAUUUGGGCAUAGAAGAUGAAGAUGAAGGUGAGGAAGAGGAGGAGACCGUCAAGAAGGCUUCAACGAAAGGAACGGAUAAGAAGAAAGCUGCAAUAAAGGAUGUGAAGGUCCCCAAGAAAGGGAAAGGAGAUGAACUAGAUGACGAUGAUGAUGAGGAGGAGGAUGAUGAUAUAGAUGAGGAGGAGGACGAGGAGGAAGAAGAAGAGGAAAAACAAACUGCCAAAGGAAAGAAGAGGCCGGCUCCAUCAACGAAAGGUCCAGCUAAGAAGCUUGCCAAGGUUGAUAAGGAUGGCAGAAGCAAGAGGAAAGCUACAAACGGUUCCAUCGAGAACGGCCAUGCUGACGAUGACGAAGACGACGAAGAAGAUGAAGAUUUCGAGGUGAAAGACGAUGAAGAUGAGGAAGUCACCAGCGGAGAAGAAGAAGAAGAAGAGGAUGAUGAGGAGGAGGAUGAAGAGAUGGCCCUAGGGGAUGAUGAUGAUGAAGAAGAUGAUGACGAGGAAGACGAAGAUGAGGAGGAGGAUGAGGAUGAAGAAGAGGAGGAAGAGUCAUCACCUGAAAAGCCAACUAAGAAAGGAAAGGGAAAGGUGAAUGGGACAGUGAAACAAAAGGCUACGCCAAAGACACAGGUAUGUAAUGAUGUAUGUAAGCCAAGGAUUAUUUUCUGGCAGGGUUACUUCUUUUUAACCACUUGGUUUUAUGACUAUUCCUAUUGGCAGUAUGAAAUAUGA